AUGGAGGCGGCGGAGCCGGCGGAGGAGGCGCUGGUGCUGGUGGAGUACGGCUUCGAGUACCGCGCCAAGGACGGCACCUUGGUCUCCAUCAAACCCAACGAGCGCUAUGUCCUGCUCAAACGCACCAACCCUCACUGGUGGCACGUCCGCAGGAGCGGGGACGCCCGACCCUUCUACAUCCCGGCCCAGUACGUCAAGGAGCUGCCGCCCAUCGCCGCCCCAGCCCCGCUUGACCCCCCUCCAUCGGGACAUGCUGCGACAGAACCGGCCACGCUCGUCCCUCAGCCCCCGCCAGCGUACGAGUAUCGGUUCAUCGGCGCCGCCGAGCUGGAGGAGCCGGCAGGAGAGUGCCCCGUGCCCCGCACGGACACGGUGCCCGAGAGGGACUCGGUGCCCAGGAGGGACUCGGUGCUCCAGAGGGUCUCGGAGCCCAGGAAGGACUCGAUGCCCAGGAGGGAUUCGGAGCCCAGGAGGGACUCGGUGCUCCAGAGGGUCUCGGAGCCCAGGAGGGACGCACCGCCAUCACUCAGCUCUUUUCGGGUCCUCCCGGGGCUGACCCCGCACUCUGCUGAGCCUGUGAGACCUUCUCACUCCCUGGACGACCUGGCGCGGGUGACAGCAGCACCACGCAGUGCCGCUGCCAUGGGGGCACGGGGGAACACCCCAGGACACGCUCGGCCGCUCGGGAAGAGCCGCUCCGAGACCCUCUGCGCCUCCGGCAAGGAUAGGGACAUGGCCAGGAGGUGGCCGGGGGCCGGCCCCACCUCUCAGGUACACAAGGAGUCAGAGGAAACACCUGAUCCCAUCUACCUCAAUAUCCAGGAGCUGCGGGAAGAGGCCAGCGCUGCCAGCUCGGCCCCAGAGGAGCGUGGAGGCUCCGUAUCAGAGUGGGAAACCCACACAGACACGGACAGUGGACAUUUGUUUUAUUAUAACCCAGUGACGGGUGAGACCACGUGGGAUUGUCCCUUCGGGCAGGCGGCCGAUGGAGUGAGUCCUGCCGCCUCUCCCACCUCCUCACUCGCACACAGCCCGGAGCUUCCCGAGUGGGAACAGCACGUGGAUGAAGGAAGCGGACAGACUUUUUUCUAUAAUUCGGUGACAGGUGAGACGUCGUGGGACCCCCCCACUGCGAGAGACACAGGCAGCCGCCAGGAGAUGUACCCUGGGGGGACGUGGUACGGUCCCAUGGAGCAGAGGCCACCCACUCCAGAAACGGAUUAUCCCGACCUGUCUCCAGAUGAGCUGGAGUGUUAUCCCGAGGAGGACUAUUCACCCAUGGGCUCAUACGAUCAGGGGGCCUCUCUUUGCCUGUCCCCAAGGCAUCCCGAGGAACUGGGGUCACCCCCGGGCUGGUACGGGCACAGCCACCCCGAGGGAAUCACGUUCUACCCCGAGCACUUUGCCUCUGACACGGUGCCAUCGGGCGGCCGCCAUGAGCGAGCCAGCAGCAGCUCCAGCCAGGACAGCGGGCUCUUCGCCUGGCAUGGCGCCAUGUCACCAGCACCGGGCAGCAAGGAGGAGAAGGGGGGCACCCAGCCUGCCCUUACCCCAGCACCAGGGACAGCAAGGGGCAAAUUUGACCCCCCCACCUUUACUUUCCAGUUUAAAAGCCUUGAAAAAGCCGGGGUGCUUAACCGGACCAAGACAGUGGACAGAGGGAAGCGGCUCCGGAAGAACUGGAGCUCCUCCUGGACAGUGCUGGAAGGAGGAAUCCUCACUUUCUUCAAGGACUCCAAGCAUUCAGCUGCCAGUGCCUUGAGGCACCCUGGCACCCUGACCACCCCUGAGCACACAGUGGAGCUGCGCGGGGCCACCCUCACCUGGGCUGGCAGGGACAAGUCCAGCAAGAAGAAUGUCCUGGAGCUGAGGACGCGGGAGGGCUCGGAAUUCCUCAUCCAGCACGACUCGGAGCAGAUCAUCACCGCCUGGCACAGGGCCAUCGCCGACAGCAUCGGCCGGAGGGGCUCCGACAUCCCCGGAGAGGAGGAGGCGGAAAUUCGGGCUGAAUUCGGCUCCCGGGAGAAGCUGGCGGGCGGCGAGGAGAGGAGGGCAGCGGCCGGGCAGGUGACAGGCAGUGCCGAGAGUGACACCAGCAGAGUCCGGAACAAACUCCGCAAGUUCCUGCAAAGGCGGCCGACGCUGCAAUCCCUGCGGGAGAGGGGCUACAUCAAGGACCAGGUUUUUGGCUGCUCGCUGCUGGCGCUGUGUGAGCGGGAACGGGGGACGGUGCCACACUUCGUCCUGCAGUGCAUCUGGACUGUGGAGAGGAGAGGUCUGGACAUUGAUGGGCUGUACCGGGUCAGUGGCAACCUGGCCACCAUCCAGAAACUGCGCUACAAGGUGGAGCACGAUGAGCAGCUGGACCUGGAUGACGGGCGCUGGGAGGACAUCCACGUUGUCACCGGGGCUCUGAAGCUCUUCCUGAGGGAGCUGCCAGAGCCGCUCAUCCCCUUCAGCCACUUCGACAAGUUCAUCGCUGCCAUCAAGAUCCAAGACCCAUCCCUGCGGGGCCGCUGCAUCCGGGACCUGGUGCUGUCCCUGCCACCCGCCCACCAUGACACCAUGAAGGUCCUUUUCCGCCACCUCUGCAGGGUGGUGGAGCACAAGGAGGAGAACCGCAUGUCAGUGCAGAGCGUCGCCAUUGUCUUUGGCCCCACGCUGCUGCGGCCGGCCAGCGAGGAGAGCAACAUGGCCAUGCACAUGGUCUUCCAGAACCAGGUGGUGGAGCACAUCCUCAACCACUAUGGAUACAUCUUCCCCGAGGGAUAAACCCUGGGGACACAUGAGGGGACAAGCCCAGCAGCAGGGAUUUGAUGGAGCAGUGUCUCCAGGAAGGACUUGGCCAUGUGUCACCUUGGUGGUGGCUGCAUGAAGGGCAGCACGGUGACCCGGCUCAAGGGA